GUCAUUGCCCGCUUAGUUCAGUGGUAGAAUGUGUCACUCGUACGCAGCGAAAUGAUAAGCCAACUUCAAUUUUUAAUACCGAUAACAUGACCAACGCAUCCUUACUCCAUGUCAAUCGGUUUUGCCCCCGUCCAUCACUUUCUCUCCCCACCAUCCGUCUGCAAUACAUGAGCUCCUUCGCGCAACUCAAAGCCCAACGCACUGCGCGCCUGACCCCAGCACUGUCUUCCGCAUCGACAUCGUACGUGAGCCCGCUGUCGACGGGCGGCAGAGCGGACGUUCCUAUCACAAUUUCAGAGGCAGAACCCGACUCGCUCUCGAUCUCACAUCCGCGUCAGGAACAGGUUCCUCCCGUAGAUGGUGUAGGGGAUGUCUCAACACUUGAAAGGGGAGGAGCGGACGAGGAUGAAGGCGGCGGAACACCCGCUGUGGAGGAGAUGGCGGGAACCACAGCACCAUCCGCAUCGUCACCAAAACACGCACGGGACGCCGAUGAGGACUCUGGGCGAGCAGAAGGGCUAUAUGCAGCCCUCCCGUCAGCUUUGCGAAUACGCGUCUCACAGGACGCCGUGAGGGGACGGGGUGUGUACAUGGGUCCCGGUGCAGGAUGCACUCCUGGUGCGCGCGUCUUCCGUCUAUGCUGUACCCCCUCUCAUUCUGACUUCAAGGACAAACCCUCAUCAAGACGCGCCCACACGUGGGCGUGCUCGCAGCUGGACGGCUGGCAACGCACUGCUCCGGAUGUUUUCGUGCUGGAAGGGACGAAGGCUCGCUGAAGCGAUGCACGCUCUGUCGUGUGGUGUGGUAUUGCGGAUCCACCUGUCAAUCUGCGGAUUGGGCGGCACAUAAGCCUGAAUGCGCGGGCCUCCGGCGUGUCAUUGCGUCCUCAGGUGCUGGGCCUUCCGACUCGCCAUCUGAUAUCGCAUUACCGAGCGACGCCGUGCGCUGUCUCGCACGUAUGGCCUGGGGACGCGCGCGGAAAAGGACAAAGGCUGCGCAGAGCAUUUGGGUGCGCGAGGUCGACGGGUUAUCUUUCGCGCCUCCCGCCACGGCGCCAAGUGACAAGCAGGCACAAGAAAAGCAGUCGCUGCACACCCACCUUGCGUUGGCUCUGGUGCAUUUCAUGGGGGUUCAGACGCCAGCAGAGCUGGCUGCGAUGGGUUUCGGGUCCGGUCGCGAUUUGGCGGAGUUUGUGGGAAAAUUCACCACCAAUACCUUCGCGCUCACGGAUGAAACAUUGGCGCCGUUGGGAGCCUGCGUAUCGCCAACGGUUGCGCUGCUCAAUCACUCGUGUGAGCCGAACGCAGUCGUGGUGUUUCCCACCGGGGACGGGGAGAUGCAUGUUAUUGCGCUUCGAAAUAUCCAGGCGGGGGAGGAGAUUUUGACAUCCUACAUUGACACGACCCUGCCGCGGCACAUGCGCCAGGAGGCGCUGUUGGAGACGUACCAUUUCACAUGCGAUUGUACAUUGUGCUCCGAUGCGGCAGUCGACCCACGAGACGCAGUCUGGUGCCCCAAGCGCCCAGAGUGCGAUGGCAUUUGCCGUGUUCCAACGGAUGACACUCCGCUCUCACUCUGCGCGAAAUGCAGAGCAGUGCUUCGGAAAACGGACGAGGUGAUCGAUGCCGUCAGGGUUGGCACUGAGGCUUUGGCCAAGGCAGAGCGGGUCCAGUUUGCUGAGCCCAGCAAAGCACGCCAAUUGGCAUCGAAGAUGACACCGAUUCUACGCUCAGCAGGUCUGCACCCGGGAUCAUAUCCGCUCCUCGCUCUAUCGAGAAUGGAGCUCGCAUUUGCCAUCGAAGAUCUGCCCUCCUCCAGCAAUACACUACUGGACGCAGCGAUCCACACCUCCACCAUGAUCGUAUCUGGCCUCACCUCCUUCCUCACGCCGGGCCACCCUGUGCGCGGAUUGGCGCUCGCGGAACUCGCGAGGCUGUGUGCUGCAGACGAGUCAUCGCCCGAUCCAACCCCAACCCCAAACCAAAACCAAAACCGGUAUCCUUACAGCGGCCCUGCCCGCCUUCGGCUCGCCCUGGACACUAUGCAGCGCGCGCUCUCCGAGCUUGCUGUAGGCUUUGGAAUGGAGGGUGGUGUCAUUGGCAGACUGAUUCGCGAAGAAGCCGUCCGCGUAGAGAGAGAACUCAGCGUGUGGAAAGAGGGUGUCAGAAAUGUUCGAGAUCUAUCAUGAGGUGGGGGACGUGAUGCGCCAUCAGCUAUGCGGAGACUUUGCACGUGACUCGCAAUUGUAGGAUUGCAUCAUUUAUUGAUUACGAGGGAGAACUGUGUGUUCACAUUCAUGGAUUCUCUGAGGACGGCCUGUCUCAUUGCUACCUUCAAGGGGUAGAUCUAUAAAAACCUCGUGAGCCAAGGUCGAUCGUUUGAUUUUGACAGGGAGCGUUGACAUUGUCCAAACAAUACGGGGAUGUUGCGAGAUUUCCUGAAACAGCACUGAAAUUUCCGGCUGCUUAUUCGUAUGGAUGGAAACUUGUGAAAUAGCGAAAAAC